GUUAAAAUUUCAUUGAAUUGUAUUCAUUUUUUGAAACAAAAAGAUUAGAAAAAUGACAUCUUAUGGGACGUUGCCUACUACAAAUGGUCCACUUGUCACAGACGAACCAGCUACUAUCGAGAGAAUUUCAUGGCGUGUCCGUCUUGGGCAUAUAUUAGAAUCCGAGACCCUCCACUGGACUAUUCUCGGUUUGACUUUGAUUGAUACAGUCUGUGUCCUUAUCCAAAUUUUGUAUACAUUCUUCCAUGAAUGCAAGGUCGAUAUUGAACUCAGAUUGUUCGAGAGUGCAAAUCACAAUUGGAUUUUAGCAUUUGAAUUAGCAGAGUAUAUAACUGCCACAAUUACUUGUAUGUUUGUGGUGGAAUGUCUGUUGCACUUAAUUGCUUUUGGCCCCCAUUACUACCUUCCGGGAUGGACACAUUGGAAGCUUCAUGUAUUUGACAUUGCAGUUGUGGGAUCAACUUUUUUGCUUGAGGUUAUCUUGCGUGGAAAAGAGCGUGAAGUAGCAGGACUCUUGAUUAUCUUCCGGUUAUGGCGUAUCGUCAAGGUUAUUGAUGCAGUCAUCAAGGGUGUAAACUAUUCAAACGAAGAAAGAAUAGAUUCUCUGCUUGAAGAACUAGACCAUUCUCGCACAGCAUAUACGGCUUUGCAACAAGAACUUUCCGAAAAACAGGCUUUCUAUGAAGAAUUACAAGCCCGGUUGGAAAAAACCACUAGUGGACAAGAGUAGACAAGUGUAUUGAAAGAACAGAAACUCGCGGAAUUAUUGGGAAACAAACGAACUAUUGUUUUUUUAUACCAUUAUGUACAGAAUUAUUCUUCGUUCGCCAGGGACUCUGGCUGUGUUAUCAUAAUUUCUUUAUUUGUACGAAAAUUUUAAAUAAAUUGAUUUAUUAUUGUAUUCUAU